UGCUCGCUUUUCUCUUUUUUUUAAUGCAGAAAUGUCAAAAUAGAGCUAAAAACUGGAGUAUAUUUAAAAUGUUGAUAUUUAACAAAUUAGCAUUUUAACUCACAGAUUUCUAUGCAAAAUUAUCAUGUAAUUUACACAAUAAUUAUAAUAUUUCUAGACUAUUACAGUGCUGCAUAAUAAGCUAGACAAAUUAGAGCAGUUUGAGGAACUUUUUUUUCUUUCAAAUGCUUGCCGUUUAUCUCUGUGACUGUGUGCUUAUCUUCUUUUGGAGAUAAUGUUAAGAGUCUAAAAAGCAAGGCUGUGGACAAAUGUACUCCCUUACUCUGCCACUCUAAUGGUCUCUGCUUGAACCAUCCUCUCUCUCACUCUAAGUAAAUCAACUGUUCAGUGUCAUAUCAUAGGCAAUAUUAUAUAUCCAUGACAGAGCUAAUCACCAAAAUACAUGAUAAGAAUAGUAGUUCUAGGUUCCCAGUGGGUGACAGAACAACUCUGUCAAUUUUCGAAGGGAAAUACUACAUAUACAAUCUUUCAUCCCAAACACAACACACAGUUUAUCUCCCCUUUUUGUUUUUGAUAAUAUCAUUUUUUUUCCUUAAUGGAUUCUUACAGUAGUCCUAAAACCUUAAUAUUUCUUGACAGUUGGCCUUGUUGUCAUUUUGCAACCUGGAUUACUGUUCAUCUUUUUAAGAGCCUGGGUUUUCAACGCUAGUGUGUUUGAAAUAGUUUUGAGGUUUUGUGGUUGCUGUUGACGCUCUUACGGAACUUCGAACACACCAGUUUCCUUUUGGUUUAGUGAACUGGCUGGGCCUUUCGAAUGCACUCAGUCCGUGGAAGUGCCCAAGCAGACUUAGUACUAGAAAAGAAUCCCAUCUGGAAUUCAGACAGGUGGCCCAUCUCAGUACCUCCCUGAGAAGUCUGGCUUUUUCAGGCGACUUCUGAAAUAUGGCUGACCACAACAGUUCUUCCUGCAGUCCUAUACUGACACCCCAUUUAACCAGGCUCUACUUCAUAGUGCUCAUUGGAGGACUGAUGGGCAUCAUCUCUAUUUUGUUCCUGCUGGUGAAAAUGAACACGCGGUCGGUGACUACCACAGCAGUCGUUAACCUGGUGGUGGUCCACAGUGUUUUCUUGGUGACAGUGCCUUUUCGCUUGACAUAUCUCAUCAAGCACAUCUGGACAUUUGGGUUGCCCUUCUGCAAAUUUGUGAGCGCCAUGCUACACAUCCACAUGUACCUCACAUUCCUGUUCUAUGUGGUGAUCCUGGUCAUCAGGUACCUCAUCUUCUUCAAGCGCAAGGACAAAGUGGAAUUCUACAGAAAACUGCAUGCUGUGGCGGCCAGUACUGGCAUGUGGCUGCUGGUGAUUGUCAUUGUGGUACCGCUGGUUGUUUCUCAGUAUGGAAAUUCUGAGACGUAUGAUGAGAAACACUGUUUUAAAUUCCACAAAGAACUUGCUCGUGCCCAUGUGCAAGUUAUCAACUAUAUGAUAGUCACUAUUGUUAUAGCCAUUGCAGUGAUUCUCUUGGUCUUCCAGAUCUUCAUCAUUAUGUCAAUGGUGCGGAAGCUACGCCACUCCUUGUUGUCCCACCAGGAGUUCUGGGCCCAGCUGAAAAACCUUUUUUUUAUAGGAGUCAUCCUUGUUUGCUUCCUUCCCUACCAGUUCUUUAGGAUCUAUUACUUAUAUGUGGUGGCACAGUCAAGUGACUGUAACAACACUGUUGCAUUUUAUAAUGAAAUCUUCUUGAGCGUAACAGCAAUUAGCUGCUUUGAUUUGCUGCUCUUUGUUCUUGGGGGAAGCCAUUGUAGACAAAAGAUAAUUGACCUAUGGAAUUGCUUUUUGUGCCGCUAGCCACAAACCACAGUAUUCAGAAUCCCUUUAUGUUGGGAGUAAAAAUGGGCACAGAGAGGCAGGAAGCGUUAUUUCCUUACUUGAUUAAAACCAUGCCUUGAUGCAGCCAAACAAAAAGACUAUAAAAUGUCAGAGCAUUCAUUCCAGUUCUUAUUUAAUCCCUGCCAUCUCUAAAUGAUGUCUAUAGAAAGACUAGUGAUGUUCAGUCCUCUUGGAGCUGCACUACAGCAUUAUUUUCCAGUAUAAAAUGUCUACUUGGCCCAUGUAGGUACCAUGGGUUUAAUGGUUUCUGAGUUUCACCAGCUUAUUUUGGUUUCAUCAGUUUGAAACAUGGUCUUUUUCAAGCUUUGGACAGAUUUAGCCCUCUAGUUCUUUUCAUUCCACUUAACCUUAGGUAAAUUAAUCCUGGCAAUGAAUCAGCCCCAAAGGCACAAACUCUACUUGGUUAACCAGAUAAGAUGUCCAUUCAAUUCCCACCCUGACAAAUAACAGAUAAGGGUGGAGAGCAGUAAGACAUUUUUCUAGAUUAUCAUAACUUUGGUAGGAAGUCACCUAUCUAGCAAUAAAGAGAAACAGAACUCCUUGCAGCCUUCUGCGGUAACAAGGCUAUCUAGAUUUGUCCUUUAAAAAGUCAAGUUUAAGAACAUGGGAUCAACAUCCUCAAUAAAUCCAAAAAUCAUUAAAAAGUUUACUAAACAUAUAUAAAUGAGGGUGAAACUAUAAGUUAAAUAAUAUUCCUCACCAAUAUGCUGGUAAGCAUUAAAAUGAGUUCCUAAGGAAAUGAUUAAUUUUUUUUUCCCUUUACGCUUUUUGAAAAUAACUCUAGAUGUCUUGAGCCACAGUUAAUUUAGAUUUUCCUUGGAAACAGAAUGUUAUACAUUUUAGAGUUCCCUUCUACCCUUAAAGUUACAAGUCUUUAAACAAAAACAAUAUUCUUAAAAAAGACCUUUUGAGAAAUCUAAAUACAAAUUAAUUUAAGGGGCACCUGGGUGGCUCAGAAGGUUAAGUUGGCCCUUGUCUGACUCUUGACUUUGACUCGGGUCCUGAUCCCAUGGUUCCUGAGCUCAAGCCAGACUCCACGUUCAGACUCCAUGUUCACAGCAUGGAACUUAUUUGGGAUCCUCUCUCUCUCUCUGCCUCUCCCCAGCUCAUGCUCUCAAAAUAAAUAAAUAAACUUAAAAAAAAAAAAAAAGGAAAAAUUAAUUUAGACUAUGAGAUUAGGCUGCUAAGUUGAUACAUAGGUUUGUGGGUUUUUUUCCCUUCUUGCUCAUAUUUCUACUAUUUUUCCCAAAGUUUUAUAAUUUUGAAACUCUCCAAGGAACUGACGCAGUUUCAUUUUUAAUGCUUCAGAAAACCUAAAGUGAUUGGUGCUAGGGAUAAAAGAAUGGAAUGAAUUAAGGUAAGGUUUUUUUCCCAGCAAAAUAAAUGUUCAGAAUUUAAAGAUUUCUCUUAAUUUGUUAUACUCUAUGGAUCCACAAAUUUAUCAGAUGAAUAAGAAAUAUCCCUGUGAGUUUCUAUGAUCACUAAAAUUACUAAGUCAUAGAAAAUAAUUUUGAGGAAGACAAAGCAGCAACAUGCUGUAUCGAUGACUUGUUACCAAAUUUUCCUGUUUUGAAAUUUCUUUUAUCUGUUCUUUUUUUUUUAAGGUUAUAUUUCCUUUAUUUCUUAUUUGCCUUCUUUUACCAUUUUUUCUUAGUUUUUUUUUUCCUUCUCAUGAUUCAUAAAAGUUGUAAGGAAAUUUCUAAGAUCUACAAACGUUUUAAGAAAAUCUGUUACAUCCAUAAAAUUUGUAGGAAAAUAAUUAGUAAAAUAUAACAAAAAUAAAUAGCAUAGAAUAAUACAAAUAGUAAAACAUUAAAAUUUCCAAACAGUUAUUUACAGAAGUUACAUCAAAUUUCUUUUCUUAUAUAUCUAUGUCUUACUAUCAUAAUAUCUGCUAGCUUGUAAAAUAAAUGUGUUAUAACCUCUUCCAGGUUUUUAAUAUGUUAAGCUCAGACAUUAUGCUUUUCCCUAUAUUAUUAUAUAUCAUAAUAAAGGGCCUAUUUCUGUGGACCUCUAUGAAAUAUUACCCAAAAUAUAGAAAUGCAAUAUUCCAUAACAUAAAAUAACUUAAUCAUCAAUAUUUAGAAAAUAAGUGGACAUUUUCAAUUUGUCUGUUUGCUGUUUCUCAUUACUAUGAAAAUGAAUCUCAUGCAGGAGUGGGGGCAUUACUGGCCUCUCUGGCCAUUUUUGAAUAUCCAAAUCAUAAGAGUAUACUACUGGCAAUUGUGGCUGGGUUCAGAGACAUUUUGCCUUGCACACAACUGUCUGCAUAAUAAAUAAUUACCAGGUCUCGCUGUGUAUUUGAAUGUUCUUCCAGACAUUUAUGAAGUGAAACAUAUGUAAAUAAUAAUUAGAGCAGUUAGUCAGGUUUUAUUCUAUUUUCAUAAACACAGUGUUUUUUGGUAUAGUUUUAAUUUUCUGAAUUUUCCACAAAUGUAGCUACCAUGCCAUGGAUAUUGAGGAAAGAUUUUAUUAUGUUUUCCUCAGAACUUUACCAAGAGUUGUUCAUUCCUUUGGAAAAUCACAUUAUCAAUGGUGACACCAUCUAUGGCAUUAAAAUACAACAGAACAAACCUGCAAACAAUAUUUGUAGCUGUUGUAUUCAGGUAGAUACUAGAAAUAGGUGCCAACAUCAGACUGCCUGAUUUUGUCUCCUUUGGUGAUCAUGUCUGAGCAUUUACACAUUGAAAUAUAUUAAAUAUAUAUAUACUACUUUAUUACAAAUAACUGUCUUCUUCAUUAUUCAUUUGUUACAGUUAGAACAUUAUAUAUUUAAUACUGUAAGAAGGUUAUAUUAUCUGUGAAUUUUGUUUUAAAAUGGUAAAAGUGUUACCAAAUAUUUGCAAUAAAAAGUAAGGUUUGGGGUCUGCAAUCAUUGAGACCAACUGAGCCAGCAAAGAGUCAAUUUAAAAGGCGGAUUUAUCAAUUAUGACAUUAUGAACAGAAAAAAUAUUCUUAUAUUUCAGGAAUACUUAAACCUCAGGUUGAUUCAAUUCUAAACUAUUUCAUUUCUGCAGUGAUUAAAUGUAACUUUUUAGAAAAUAUAUAUGUGUAUUUUCUUUUUUGAUAAGACAAAGGCACUUCCCUUUGGGGGAACUCACGACUCUCAAAUUGGCUCAUGGUCAAUAUCUACCAGAUUUUAAACCCAGGGAUAAUGACA